AUGGGAGGUCUGUUUCUCUGGGACUUCGCGUUGACAUUGUACAACCUGUUCGCUCCUCCGAAACCUGUCAAUGGAGUCGUACCAGAAGGUUGCGCGGGAGCCGGCGGGCUCUGGCCGCAGUAUGUACCACCUACUCCGACAGACAGUAGGAGCUGUUGUCCAGGAUUGAAUGCAAUGGCCAACCACGGAAUUCUCCCGCACUCCGGAAGGAACAUCUCAUUCCGUCAGCUGAAUACGGCGAUUCGCACCACGUACAACUUCUCACCGACAUUCUGCUUCUUCGUCCCGAACUACGCCGCGGGCAUGCUCAACAAGAGCUAUUGGACGGACACAUUUGAUCUGGAGGGCAUUAGCGUGCACAAUUGUAUCGAGCAUGAUGCAUCACUCACACGCGAAGAUACCUAUCUCGUCCCAGACCAAUCAAAGCCUUCAAAACAACUGGUUGAAGGGCUGCUUGCUAGUGCUACAGGCUCAAAUGGCAUUUUGACUGCCGCAGACCUCUCACGAUACUCGGGGAAGCGUCGUACGGAGGCCCGCAGGAUAAACGGACAGUUCAGCCUGUCGGCCUUCCACAGGUUAUUCGGAAGUUCCAACACAUCCAUUCUCCUCACUAUUUUCGGUGGGAAUGUUCAGGACCUCAAGGUGAUGCUUUUGGAAGAACGCAUCCCCGAUGGAUGGCAAUCCCGCAUCCGGCGCCCUGGAGGCUUGACAUUAACGGAGUUCCAAGGCACUGUUCUGACGGUCGAGUUUGGGAUUAAAGAAGAAGCAGACCACGCUCUACAGAGCCUGGGAAUGGGUGGAGGGAAAAAGAGCGAAUGA